AUGGAUACCGCAAAAGUAGAAGAUAGACUAUGUCUGGUUUGUCAAAAAACAUCACAAGAAAUGCAUUUUGGAGCAAUAUCUUGUCGAGCAUGCGCUGCUUUUUUCAGGUAACAUCCGACAAAAUAAAUAAAUUGGUGGACUUCAAUGAUGUCACAUUUUCAGACGAGCUAUUGUAUUAAAUAAGAAAUAUGAAUGCUUGCAAGAGAAUCAGGAUUGUAUUGCUGGUAGAUACAAAAAAUUCGUAUGUAAAUUAUGUCGAUUUUUGAAAUGUCAACAAAUUGGAAUGACAUCUAAUAGUAAGUUUUUAAUUUGUAAAAUAAAAUGUAUGCCAAAUGUUUGUUUCACAGGAGUUAAACUGAAUUAUGGUCCGAGGUUAUCAAUAAAAAAUGUAUUUGAUGAUUAUUCAUCUAAUGAAGAUUCAAAUACAAGUUCAUUAACAAAUUUACCAAGUUAUGCAAAUUCGGAAAAAUCUGAAAAAGAAGACUAUGAUUCCACAAAGAGCUUCAAAUAA